UCCUAUUCUCUGCCCUUUUUUCUCUUCCUCGUGAUUAUCUUUCUGUUUCUUCAGUGGUUUUCUUGUGGGUGUGUUUUAGUCUGUUAUAGAUUAGUGAAUCAGGUUAUGUUUUCCUGCAUCUCUGUAUGUGUUUUUAACGAAAUUUGAAUAUUAAUUGUGGAAUUUGGGUUUUAGUUUUGACUUACAUUUUCCUUUUUAAUGUCUAAUCGGGGUGUUAAUUUUGCUUCUCUGUGACUAUGAGUAUGAAAAGAUCUUUUGUAGCUGAGAAAUAGGAGAGUAAAGAUGACGAUGAUUGCUUGUGUUACUGAUGGUCUUCCUCUGACUGAGGGACUUACGGUCGUGAUCUUGCAGAUGCUGAAAUGUACAAGCAGCAAGUUAAGGCUUUAUUUAAGAAUCUAUCCAAAGGCCAUAACGAGGCUUCAAAGAUGUCUAUUGAAACUGGCCCAUACAUAUUCCACUAUAUCAUUGAAGGACGUGUUGUUACUAGACAAUGUGUGACCGUGCUUAUCAUAAGAAACUUGCCUUUCGAUAUCUGGAAGAUCUCAAGAAUGAAUUUGAGCGUAUUAAUGGAGCUAAAAUUGAAACAGCUGCCAGGCCUUAUGCCUUUAUUAAAUUCGAAGACAAAAAAGUUGUACCUGGACACUUGUACUCAACGAAAUAUUGCGAAGUUGAAUGAUGAACUCUAUGAAGUUCACCAAAUAAUGACUCGUAAUGUACAAGUUCUUGGUGUUGGUGAGAAGUUGGACCAUAAGUUCAGAACAAUUUUAGGGUAUUAUAUAUUUUUUGAUUUGAUAAUUAAUUAAACUUUUGUUUGAACUAAUGCACCAUGGUGAAUGCUGAAUUUUACAAUCAGGAGCUAAGUAAUUGUGGUUUUACUAAUUUAAUGCAUCUUUUUGUAUUGCAUAUGCGGGUUAAAAGGGUGAAAAGACCUUGUAGGUGAGCCCAGUUUGUUGCUUCUAUAUCUGCCUGCAUGCUUUAAAUUUUAUAAAUUACCCUUUAUUUGUAAUACACGUUUGA